UCACGCUGUCCCACGCGUCGCCCCUCGGAGGAGUCGCCGCCGCCACCCAGAUUGGAGUCGGAGACGCAGCGAGGCCGUCGUCACCGCCAUGCCUAAGAAUAAAGGUAAAGGAGGUAAAAAUAGACGCAGAGGUAAGAAUGAGAAUGAAUCUGAAAAGAGAGAGCUGGUGUUCAAAGAAGAUGGGCAAGAGUAUGCUCAAGUAAUCAAAAUGUUGGGAAAUGGACGAUUAGAAGCGAUGUGUUUUGAUGGUGUAAAGAGGUUAUGUCACAUCAGAGGGAAACUGAGAAAAAAGGUUUGGAUAAAUACCUCAGACAUUAUAUUGGUUGGUCUACGGGACUACCAGGAUAAUAAAGCUGAUGUAAUUUUAAAAUACAAUGCAGAUGAGGCUAGAAGUCUGAAGGCAUAUGGCGAACUUCCAGAACAUGCUAAAAUCAAUGAAACUGAUACAUUUGGUCCUGGAGAUGAUGAUGAAAUCCAGUUUGAUGACAUUGGAGAUGAUGAUGAAGACAUUGAUGAUAUCUAAGUCGAACUCAACCUUUCACAUUCCACUUUCUUUGAGGAUUUAUUCAACAAUUUGGAUUUGGGCUGUGACCCGUUAAAGAAGAUUAAAAUUUCAUUAGCA